AAGCUNGAAUAUGGCUUGAAGCGUUUGUCUGUAGGAGAAGCCUUGCGUUAUGUAUUAAACAACCAACCAGACACAGAGCUGGCACUUAUGUUAAACUGGCAUCUUCACAAAGGAAUGACAGCACCGGAUGAACUGGCAAUUGAGGCCUUAGAAAUAUCUCUGAUGGAAAGUAUAUGUAAUACUGCAGGUGUUAUCAUCGAUGGAUACCCUGUAACUAAACAUCAAACGAGUCUCUUGGAAGCCAGGUCAAUCAUCCCCAUGGUCAUCUUUGAGUUGGAUGUACCUUCCAAGGAGAUUUUCAAAAGACUGCUCCUGGAAAGAAAAAAAAAGGAACAAAGCUUGCCUUAUCCAUUACACAAUAGCACACAGAUUACAGCUGUCAAGAACUCACAUUACCACAAAAAUAUUGAUGAGAUUAGGCAAUACUAUCAAGAACAACAUCAGAACUGGUAUGUGAUUGAUGGAUUUCACAGCAAAUGGUGGGUAUGGAAUGAAGUCAUUAAGAACAUUCAAAUGGUGAAUAAAUAUAUACAGAUAUACCUGGAAAACAUAAAAGCAGGAAAAGCUGCCUGCAUUGACAAUUUAUGCAUCACACCUCAAGAACUUAUUUCUCGCCUCGGCGAAUUUGGACAGUUCUGCCCUGUCAGCCUGGCAGAAUCGUAUGAAUUAAUUGACUGCUCUGUAACUGAGUCCUUGGAAUUUGCAGCAGAGUUCAGAGGGCACUAUUAUAAAAUGAGUUCUCGGGAAAAACUGAAUAAAUUUUUGGAGAACCCAGAAUUAUAUGUGCCUCCAUUAGCACCUUAUCCACUCCCAACUGCCGACAUGAUCCCCAAAAGGCUGACGCUGUCAGAGCUGAAGAAACAAUUCCCUAAGUGUGCUGAGCUCCAGGGCUACUGUCCUGUGACCUAUCAGGAUGGAAAACAAAGAUAUGAAGCCCUAGUACCUGGUGACAUUAAAUAUGCCUUAGAAUAUCGUAACCGUAUAUAUAUUUGUGAGAGUAAUGAAAAACUCCAGAAAUUUCUGAGGUUGCCACUGAAAUACUGGAAUCAGAAGCUUCCAUACAAACUUCCCCCGUUAAAGGAACCUGUCAUUGACCAUAAGUCACUCUGGGAGAGGGUUGUUAGAGAAGAUGAAGAAAUUAGUGAGGAAGGAGCUGAAGAAGAUGAUGAAGAUAUUGAGAACAUCCUCGAAGAUGAAUUUCCAAAAGAUGAGGAAAUGAUGAGUGAGGAAGAUGAAGAACAAGAAACUGAUGCACUGGAACGCCUGAGAAGUGAACUGGGAGAAAAAUAUGAAGCAGAUAUGAGUAAUUUACAAGGAAUACAGCUAAGUGAAGGAGAGACGAUCAAGCCAAUUGAAAACUCACAGAAUCCACUUUAUCCUGUAAUCCAUCGUCAGUAUAUUUACUUUUUAUCUAGUAAGGAAACUAAGGAAAAAUUUAUGAAGAACCCAAUCAAAUAUAUCCGCCAGCCCAAACCUAAACCUACUAUGCCCAUUAGGAUUGCAAUUGUGGGGCCUCCAAAAUCUGGGAAAACUACAGGUGAUAAAUGGCAUGCUCGGGAUCUAGAAGUGUUUGUUGGGGGUAUGAAGGAAUUGGUGAAACACAGAUUGAGAGAGAAAAUGCUGCAAGGGUUGGAGAGGAAAGUAGGACGGGACUGGAUCUGGGCGGAGCUUGUAGACUAUGUCAAGAAGUCUUUAUCAGGAGGGUACACAGGAGCCACAAUGGUAGCAGGACAAUGA